GCCGCUUGGUUUCGUGUUGCUAUGCCAACAGACGCCGGGUCCCCCAUCGGGUUACCCCUUCCGACACAGUCAAUUGACGGAGAUUAGCGGUCCCCUCUGAUUAGCGUGCUAUCGUCAACAAAACCCGAAUAAACUAUACCCCACUCAUUGGGAUGUUAUAGGGCUAUUUGCUCUAACUCGGUAGUAGAGUGGUUUUAGGGCUUUUCAGUCUGGUUUCAUAGCUAGUUUUUCAAACAUUUAAUCUGGCGGAACUAUAUAUAACCAAAGAAAAUGACAGACGUUUCGGCACAUCGACCUCUUUCACCAAGGAAAUCUUCAAUGACUUGGUGGUCAAGACAUGACCCUGUUAAUAUGAUGCAAGGCCACACUGAUCACUGGGCAAAGAUGAAACUCAAGUGUAAAACAUUUGAGGUCGCUGUACCGUCUGGGAAAAUUGUCAGCUAUGCAGACCGUCAUGCGCCAAUGGUACCAAAGGGGGAUGGUCUGGCAACCUUUCAGUACAACGAAAACGGCACAUUAUCCAGAGUUCAAGAUCCCACUUUCAAUUCCAUGCUCAUUCGGAAAAUGUCGGGACACCUUCCGGGCUCUUACGAUCUUCACCGACCAAAGCUGAGCAGCCGAUCCGAGUCGCUUAAAACAACGUUUAAUCAACGUGCUAAAGACGGUUUCAACUACUGGCAAAUUGAGAGACCAAAACCAACGUCAUACGGCAGGUAUGGCAUCGGAGCGGCGAACACGAUCUUGGGAAUAGGAAAUGCCUCCCGAACGUAGGACAACCAAUCACGCCAAAUCAAAUGUGCUAAAUAUAUAGAGAAUUCAGCCAAGCUUUCAUUGAUAUCCUUACGAGAGUUGUUGUAUUGUCAUCACCUUUCCUUCAAACGUAUAAUACAUCAAUGCUGCAAUGAUGGACACUGGAAAGCUGAUACCGGUAUCAUGAGCCUUCGAGGCAGCUGCUAAUGGUACAGUCACAUCGACGAAAUCGAUUCAAAUCCGACCGAUCGCAUGUCAUUGGUAAUAACGUUAUAAAUUUGGUGGGUCUGGGGUUCAUUUUGUCAGUGUGACUGAGGCACGAACCAUGCCAAAAUUGCAAUUAUUAAAAUGGCACAGUUUAGAAUGCACCCUCUCGUUAUCAUUCUCCGGUUUUGGGUAUCACUUGAAGAACUAUCCCAAACAUUGGUAUUAAUACCUCGGUCGCAUUUGCUCUACGGCAGCCGUACGGCGAGUCUAAAACAGCCUUUUGAUUCAUUCUAAUACAAACAUAUGUUAAAACGGCCGUUUUUCGACUCGCCGUACUGCCGCCAUAGAGCAAAUGUGACCGAGGUAUUAGAUGUUGUCUAUGGUGUCAGCAGUGGGGAAAUCAGGCUAUGAACGCAUCGUAUUUCUGUUUCAAUAGCUAGCUGGUUGGGUAUAUAGGCUAUUAUAACUCAACCUCUAUCCUUCACCAUGUUCUGAUCCACCCUGUUUAUUUCGGAUAAUGAAUAGAGAAGGUGAUGGGGGUGGGGUGGGCGAUGAAUAAAAUAGCUACAUAUCAGACCCCAAGAUAUGUUUCAAACUCUAGUUUGGUAUAUAGGCUACUAUAAACCAACUUCCAUCCGUUACUUAAUUACUAUGUACAGCUCCAUGCUGUUUAUUUUGGAGAAUAUACAGAGAAGUGGGGGAGGGGGGCAACAAAUAAAAAUGAAAUAUAUAGGACCCCAAGGAACAAUGUCUGCAAGCUAAUAGUAAAAAGUAUUUUAUGACAAUACAGUUUUCAAAAUGUGUUCUAAUCAUAGUUGCAUGUCCAACAAGAUAAUAGAAUAUGAGGAAAAUGCCACUUUUACUUAUAUUUACAUAUUGUGGAGGUUUAAUCACAUCUUUAUUCAUACUGCAAAAUUAGAUUGAUAGUUGUGGUAAUGUGCGUGGUAAUUGGCACAUCACAUUUUACUCAUGAGUAUAAUGAGCAUACGCCCUUUUUGUUAUGCUUCAUCUCCUUUUGGUGUUUUUAAUCACUGGUAUGAACUGAUGUUCUUUCCUUCACCAAGAAAUUUAUCCACAUUGUGCUGCACUCAACCCAGGUGAUGUGAAUGGGUGCCCGGCAGGAUUAAUUCCUUGAAUGUAUGAGCGCUGAAAGGCAGCUCGAGCUAAAGCCGGGGUAAUAAUAAUGAGAACGCGCCUCGGAAUAGAAUAUUUCUAGAUAGAUGGCGCUAUAUAAAUGCCUAUUAUUAUUAUUAUUACUAUGUCAUUUGUUGAUGACUCUCAAAGACAAAGACUUAUUGGAAAACAAGGAAUAGAAUAUGGGAAAAACAGGACAGUCAAAUUUCAUUCAUAGAGGCAUGCAACUUACAUCAGUUUAAGGUUAAUCAUUCUGUUCCUCAAAUCAGCAAAUAUGUAUUAUCUAUUGAUUGUUAAUUUAAAAAAAAUAUUAAAUACGAGUCAAAUCAAUAGUCAACAUUUUAAUGAAAAAUUGACAAUAUGUAUUUCUGGACAAUGAUUUUGUUGCUUUCCAUGUUGUUUGGUGCCGUGUUUCCAGUAUAAACCAAGAGGCUUUAAAUAAAGUACUACUUUUCUACUUUACAAGUUAAUUGCCACAUUUUCAGCUAAAAUUGAUUUUAAAUGUAUAUGAUUGCUAAUAAUUCUACAAUAGGAAUAAACAUUGGUAAAUUAUACAUGUGAAGGGUGUCAAAUGAAAAGAAAGGUCACAAAAUAUUCAUGUCGGUGACAUUGAAGCUUUCAGAUACUUGUAAAGAACGUAUGAUGCACAUUAAUACAUGUUACUGUAUGAAUCAUUUUGGCAUUUCAAGGGAAUGACUGGCUUAAGUAUUAAAAAUAUCUAUAUAUAUCUUUCUUGAAAAUGAAUUUUAAAAAGUUAGUUGUGUGUGCUGUCGCAACUGAAAUUCACAUUUUGUUUUUUGAUGUGUGCUUUAUCUAUCUAACUGCACAGCUUCACUGCCAUUAAUAUGACAGUAUAUGUAAGAAAAAACUAAAUCUGCAGGAAUGGGAAAGUAAUUAUACCUUCUCCAAAAUCCAUUAAAAAUCGUAGCAAUGGCUGGACGGACAUGAUGAAUAAAGUAUUAAAAUUUUGCUGCAGCUGAGUUAUAGUAAUUCUUACAAAAAUUAUUUAUAAUUUUGAUUAAAGUAUUAUAUUUACUCUGAUUCUAAUAUGAAAGAAAGCCUUGAUUUCUUGUGAUUUGUUUGUCUGUAAUCAUUGAUAAAGUUAUAUUUUUGCCAUUUUGUGUAUAAAUCCUACAUACAAACGGUAUUGUAGGAUUUGUGAUGUGAUGACAAUUUGUGGUAUACAUAUAUUUAAUGUCUCAAAUGUACUAUGAGUAUUAAUUUUCUGUUUGUUGUUUUGUGCAGACUAAUUAAAUGAUAUGAAUGUAGAA